GACCGCAAAAUAAAUACGAUAAUUAAUACACUUACUCCAACGCCAGUUUUCAGAUGGUAAACCUGAUAUUUUCGUUUUACUAAAGUGUUAUGAUGUUUAAAACUAUUUGGUUGAUACCUUGCAUAUUUUUAUUCUCACCUUAUUUCACAAACUGUGAUAAAUUGUUGGCUGUCACUUCGCUUGUGCGUCAUGGGGAAAGGUUAGGAUCUUACGAAGGGUUUGAUCCGAAUGAUCCUAAUAUUGAUAUCAGAAUGGAGAACCCAUCGGAUCAGUUACUCAAUCUAGGAGUCGAGGAGCUCUACAACGUUGGGCUGUGGCUGAGGCACCACUACUCCGACUUCCUCAGGCUCAAAUACGACCCCAAAGAGAUCUACGUACAGUCGAUCGAUUUCGAUAGGUGUCUGAUGUCAGCAGGUGCUUUAUUAGCCGGUCUUUACCCACCUGUCGGAGACGAAGUGUGGAACAGGAACAUACCAUGGCAACCGGUUCCAAUACACACGACGCCGAAUAAGGUCGAUAUUCUGCUGCAAUGGAGUGCUUGUCCAUACUACACCAUACAAUCCAGGAAAGCGUUAGAGUUACAAAAGAAAAUAUCGGAGGAGAACGCUGAACUUUUCAAAUUUCUCACUGAAAAAACCGGAUCCCCGAUGAAUCUCAGCAGUACGCUGUUGCUGUACAACGUAUUGGAGGGAGAGAAGCUGAUAAAUCUCACGUUACCCUUAUGGACGCAUGGCGUAAUCAGAGACAUCAAACCAUUGGUAGAAGUCAGCUUUGUCGUGGACACGAUCGACAAGAGGCUAAAAAUUUUGAGGGCCGGUCCCUUGGUGCACAGGCUGUUGGAGCAGUUCGACAGGGCCAUAUCCGGGAAGAAGUUCGGAACGACGGACGAUAUUUACAGAAAAAUGAUGCUGUACUCCACCGCAGAUAUGACCGUCUAUUAUCUGGCGGACAGUUUGAACGUCGACAAUUUCGGUAUAGUCAAUUACGGUUUCAGCAUCUACUUCGAACUGUGGGAGGCCGAUAACGGAACGCACUACGUGGACGUUUUUUUCAGGAAUUCCACGGACGUGUAUGCCCCUUCGCAUCCAGGCAGGGUGAGAGGGUACGGUAGCACCUUGAGCUUCAGCGCGUUCAAGGAGAUGGCGGGAAGGGUGAGCAUAAACAUCACCGAUUGGUUUAGCUUCUGUAAGAAUCUGCUGAAAAGCGAAAACUCCACGAGGCAGUGAGAGUAAAAGGGAGAAAUACUGUCUGUAAUUUGAAGGAAUUUUCAUAGUGAAAUAUGAAGUGUCCGCUACUCUGAUCAAUAUAAAAAUACAUCUUUUUUACGAAAA